UCCGCCCCCUUCCCCGGCGCGCGUAGCUGUCGCGGCCCAGGAUAACAUGGCUGCCGCAGUUCGGCGGCCGAGUCACGUUUUGCUGUUUACGCUGCAGAGUUCCGUGUCUCCCGGGGUGGGAGGCUCAGGCUCCACAUGCUGCCGCUGCCCUCUCGGAGCUAAAAGAUAUCUACUUACAGAUAAUGUUGUGAAAUUAAAAGAAUUUCAGCAUAAGAAGGUGGUUAUUGCAAAUCAUCUUCCUGGUACUAAAGCAACCUACCUGAGAAACAUGAAAGAGAAAUUGGCCCAGAAUAAGCUCAUCUUGAAGGACGAGUUGAAAACCUUCCUUCAUUUGUGUGAUACCCGGGAUGAUGUGGAACUGGCUAAAAAUGUCAUUUACAGGUACCAUACAGAGAACAGAAAUGUCACUUUGGGAGAGUAUAAAUUUGGACCACUUUUCAUGAGGUUGUGCUACGAGUUGGAUCUUGAGGACUCUGCAUUGGAACUCAUCAAAGACCAGCAUUUACGAGGUUUCUUCUCAGACACCACAUCAUUCAAUAUUUUGAUGGAUAUGUUAUUUAUUAAAGGCAAAUAUACAAGUGCGCUGGAAGUGCUGAUAGAGAUGAAAAACCAAGAUGUGAAAUUCAACAAAGAAACCUAUGUCCUUGCUUUUGCAAUUUGCUACAAACUGAAUAGCCCUGAAUCUUUGAAAAUCUGUACUACAUUAAGAGAAGAAGCCCUAAUCAAAGGAGAAGUCCUCUCCAGGAGAGCAUCCUGUUUUGCUGUGGCACUAGCUCUGAAUCAGAAUCAGGUGGCGAAAGCUAUAUCAAUUUUUUCUCAAAUCAUGAAGCCAGAAAGCAUUAUCUGCACUAAUUUAAAUAUUUUGAUUCAUAUCCAGUCAAAUAUGUUGAAAACCCUGAUAAAGAUAUUAAAGGAUGCUGCAGACGGAAAUUUAUCAAAAUUUGUGAAAAGACAGGAGUUCUCAGAAGAAGUGGUGCAAAACAUCUGGAUACAUAGGGGGAAACAAAGAUAACCAGCACACCAUUGGUACUAGCAGAUCUCCUGACUUCAUUUUGCAGAUUCUGAGACAAAUAGUUGAUGGGAGUCCCAUGUCGUUGAGUUAAAGUUUUGGCAGGUAAACCGGGCUGGAGUAGGUUGGAUGUGAUUGUGCCUUCUGCUCACAUUUCAAUGGGCUAAUGUCUUAAAAUUUUUUUCCUCCUGAAUUCUACUUCCUCUUUCUUCUUUCUCUGUUCUUCUAUUUUGUGUCUUCCCCAUCAUUUUAUUAAUGCGUUCUCCUUUGGAAAAAAAAAAGUUUUUUAGAUCCCUUUUUCUGGGGCUCUUCGGUGACGGAAUUUAGCUUCCUCUGCCCUCACUGUUUCACUCACUGACUCAGAGUGGAGGCUGCUUUACUGGAACUUAAGAGAAACCUCAGUUUGUUUUCAGUCCUGUUUUCUCCCUAGCAUAAAGCUCUAAUUUUAAGGGAAGAAGUCUGAAUAGGCCAUAUUGAUAGAAGCAAGCCACAAGCCUAAACCCCAUCUUCUUCACCAGCGCCUCUGGGGCUAUAUUCUGUAGAAAGGCAACAAAACCAUUUAGAGCUGCCCAUUUGCUCCCCAAAUAUAACUCUCAUACCCAGGGUCUUAUGUAGCCUUCCACAUGAGUUAAGUCCCUCAAAGUAGGGCUUGGGCAAGAUUAACCUGCUAAAACUGUCUUUUACUGCAACCUAGGGUACAUUUCCACUUUCCCAGUUCGUUCAACAGAGAAUAUUUAGCAAGUGUCCAUUUUGCCCGGAAAACAGAGAGGACAGAUUAGAAAUAACAAUGUGUGUGCCAGUUCAACAUCUCCAGACCUACUAUUAAGAUACCUACUAACAACUCUGAAGUUCAGAUCCAAGUUUAAAGUCCAAUUUUGGGACUACAUUUCCCAUCCUCUGUUAUAGCUUGGAAGAUGCUUAUUAGCACAAAAUUAAUAUUAUUUCAUCACUUCCAUCUUUAUUGUUUUAAGCCAAGAUCAAAUUGCAUUUGGCCGUGGCAACUAGGAGAGGAAUAUUUAUUUUGGAGUUGAUCCCCAUUUGCUCAUUCUUAGGCAUUGAUAAAUGAAUAGAAGAUGCUUAAUCAGACCUGUGGGUAAAAAGUCAAAGACUGUAUGCAUGUGAGAUUAGGGAAAAUUGUACACCUAAUGAAGACAACAAUGGGAAAAGAAUGAACCACGAUGCUCAUUAUGACUCAGUUGACAACACUUUUAGGUAAAGUCCACACUGUUUGGAAAGCACAUUUUCAUCCGUGGUGUCAAAACCUCCAAAAGCACAUAGAAAAGUAAAAGAUGCUGGCCCAUGAUGAGUUUGUCUAGGGUUAUUUUGGAAGCCCCUGUAGUAUUUAAUGAUAAUGAAAACGUAUUUUGUUUCUCCAUCUUGUCUCUCAGACUCUCUGUCCAAAACAGUAUGUCAAAAGGAAGGAAAAGCAACUAACAAAUAGCCCAUGACUGGAUUUGUUCCAGUCAGAUCCAAUAAAACAGCCACAUCAAGUUGCUAAAGAAAUUUACCCACUGACAAUGACCACAGCACAGCAGCAUUUGUAUCAUAUUCCCCAUAGGUACUAAGCUGUUGUGGCUCAGGUUUUGAGAAAUUUAACCUGCAUGCAAAUGUGUGACAGGGCUUUCCUGGCAACCUGUAGUUCAACAAAGAACAGGAAGUGAAACCAUCAUUGUCACCACAAGGUUUCUUUUACACAAGUUUCCAUAACUUAGAGAGGUACCUUGCUGCUUACUCUCUGUCCUAUUUUAUCUAUACUGCUCGACAUUAUCUCAAAAUGAAGAAAAGGAAGUACUUGUCUGAGAGGUGAAAGGUCUCACGAAUUGGAUGUGACCCCUGGGGAAAAGGAACGGGCACCUCUAAGAUUCAGCACCCUCCUGUUUGCCUCAAAACACUGAGAUGGGGCCCCAGAAAUCAUUGCUUUAAUUUGCGUACGUAAGAUGUCAAAGUUCUAGAAAGUCUCAAGAAUACUAUUUGAUACCAUUUGAUUUGGGGUUUCUUAGGCAACUUCAGCAGCACAUAAGACUAAGGACCAUGAUGCACAGCUGUCUGAAUUGUAUCCCAACAAUCCCAAGGACGCUUGUCAGAGGGACUAAGUGGAGACUAAAAUCCAAGGCUGGAUUUUCCUUUUCCUAAUUGACCCAAAUCCACGGAAUGGACAAGUAGAGGAUGUCAAAAGUCACCCUGACCCCUUCUUAUUGGUUAUUACCUCUCUCACAACCUCCACAGGCUUCUCAUCACACUGAGAAUCAACUCCAGGGCCACAUGGUAACCCAGUCUGGUCCCUUUGACCUCUGCGACCUCAACUCUUACCUUCCUUGCUUGUAUCUUUCCUGUUGCAACGGGCCUUCUUACUGUCCCACAAGACCCCCAGCACAUUCCUGCUUCAGGGCCUUUGCACUGGCUCUUCCUCUGGCCUGCUUCCUCACUUCAUUCAGAUGUCUGUCAAAUGUCAUCUCCUCAGAGAGGCCUUCCCUGACCAACUGCUUUAAAUUCCACCUUCUCUUCUUGCUAUUCCUUAUUCUACUUUUUUUUUACUACUUGAAUUUUAUAUUUAGUUAUUUAUUAUUUGAUUUCUUUCUAAAACUGAAAAACUACAGUAUGAGGGCUAAAUCAUAACAGUCCUCUUUAUUUACAAAAAUGCUGCCUAUUUUUGUAAAUAAAGUUUUAUUAAUAUACAGCCGCUCUUGUUCAUUUACAUGUUGUGUUUAGUUGUUUUAUUUAGAGUUAAGUAGUUGCAAUAGAGACUGCAUAGUCCAUGAAGCCAAAAAUAUUUAUUAUCUGGCUCUUUACAGAAAAAGCUUGCCAACCACUGCUCUAGAAUGUAAGCCCUAUGAGGACAGGGGAUUUAAUGCCUUUUGCUAACUCCUAUAUCUCCAACACUCAUAUUACGUGGCACUUAGUAUUUGAUAAAUAUUUAUUAAAUGGUUGAGCAUCUGGAUGAAUGAGUAUCCAAAUAUAUCUAAAAAAUUAUUUUCUUGAUUCAGUAAUUACUGAGCACCAACUUGUGCCAGGCAUUGGACUCUUUGCAGAAGAUAGCACAAUGAUAAGAAACCAAUAAAUUAAAUUGUGCUAUGAAGAAUGUCAUGUUCUUCAUGACAGUUGUUUUAGGAGCCAUAAAGAAAGAUACCUGACCAAGGCAUCAAAAGAUUGUGAUCCCUAGGGAUGAGUUCUCCAAGCUAAGAGAAUUGUGAAGGCAUUUCAGGCAGAGGAUAGGACAUGUAUUGGUACGGAGAUAGGCAGCCACAGUUGUCUAGGGGAUCCACAAUUUGUGUGGUAAAUGAGAGUUGUUUGAAGGAGGUUUGAACAAUUUCUUUAUAGGUUUGAAUAAUCACUGUCUUCGUCUUUCUGACUCUUGUUUCCUUGGUUGCUAUUUAAAAAUUGGAGAAAAGUAAUUACUGCCUUCAAAAAGCCUACUAUUCUCCUGUUGAUGUUUUUGGCCCAACUCAAAACACAUUAAAUGUAUUUUUUAAAGAGAUGUCUGGGAUACAUUAUACCAAGAUUUCUCAACCUUGGCACUAAUGACAUUUGGACCAAUACUUUUUGUUUUGGAGGUAUCCUGUACAUUGUAGGAUGUUUAAUAGCAUCCCUGGCCCCUACACCCUAGAUGCCAGUAGCACUCCUGCAGUGUGACAAUCAAACUGUCUGCAGAUAUCACUAAAUGUCCCAUGGGGGGCAAUAUCCCUCUUUUGGUUACCACUGCAUUAGAUGGUGCCAGUAACCCACACUGGGAAACCUGGGUCUCUGGAAUAAAAACUGCCUAUUCUUUUUUAUCUCCAGAUGAUCAUCCAACAUGAGUAUGACAAGUAGCUAUAGAAUUCAAGAAGUAAAUAUUAAUUACUUCUUUACUUCGUUACCCAAGUGCCACUUCUUCUAGGGGCUCCUGGGGCCUGCGCCAUACUGAAAUGUGACAAAUUAACUGUGCCUUAGGACAAUAGAACCCUACUCAGCAAUCAGCAAUAAGAAGGAAUAUGCUUCUGAUAAGUGCAGCAAUGUGGAUGAGCCUCAAAGACAUGAUGCUGAGGGAAAGAAGACAGUCUCAAAAGGUUACAUACUGCCUGACUUAAUUUGUGUGUAUUUCUGGAAAAGGCAAAACUAUAGUGAGCACAAAUUAGUGGUUACAAGGGCUUAGAGUAGGGAGACUGUGUGACCACAAGGGGAGAGCAUGAGAGCUUUGAGGGUGACAGAACUUAUGUAUCCUGAUUGUGGUGGUUGUUACAUGAAUCCAUACAGGCAUUAAAACUCAUAAAACUGCACAUCAAAGAAUUUAAUUUAACUGUAUGUUAAAAAAACGUAAGAAUUGUUGCUGAAGAAUAUGAUGGGCUUUUAAUACUUAACACAUGUAUUCUUCUAACCACAGUGAAGCAUUGUGCCAGGCACAACGCCUUGACCACUGGUAAUUGGAGUGUUCAAGGGAGAGGGGCAAGUAGAUAUUCUGGAACCAAAUGAAGAGCUUCAGCUUCCUUGCUUCAAUUCCUCUUUCACUUUCCAUAGAACAAGGUGAUCUUCACUUCCCAAUCCAGGGUUGCCAAACUUCACCCCAGAAUUGCUUGAGCCUCCUUGGGCAGAAGAGAGAAAAUAUUUUCAAAACAUGAUGUAUAUUGGAGCAGGCUUACCACCAUCCUUUGAGGUGUAUACAAUGUCACAACAUUGUAUCAAUCUGACACUGUUGCCUAGUGAUAAGAGAGUGCCUAAAAGUGUGAGGCUAGCUUUCCGAGGCCCAGGGUGAGAAAAGGAGCAGAGAGCAUAAUGAAACGAAGGGACUUGAUUUUAAAAGAGAUCAAUAUCCUAUUUUAUUAUUCAUAGGAAUAAUGUUACCAGAUUCAUGCAUAUAUGAAAUAAUUGUUAUUUCUGAGGAAUUUUAUACUCCCCUUCAAUAUCUAGUCUGUUCAUCUAUGAUGACAAUGGGGCCCAGGGUAUAUAUGGGAAAGUGACCAUGACCUUUAUCUGGAAUACUACCCCAUUAGCAUCCGGUUCAGGGUAAGGAUAGUCAGCAUCCUUCUGUGGUUGACAUAUGUAUGAAAGGAAUGUUCACAGGAAAAUAUUGCUCAUCUGCUUCUGCAAUAAUAAUAGUAAACCACAGGAUUAUCACAUCAGAAAUGAAUGUCCUUGACUUCUCAGAGAAUGAAAUGUAUUGCAACAGUGAACAUCAGAACAUGUCAUCUACCUGGUACUCGUCCUGAAAGCUACACAAAGCACGAAUGAUGUCACAGUCACAAACAUUACACUUCUUUCUCUCUGUCCAUCAUCAUCCAACAGUUACAGCAACAUGACUUUGGAUGGACAAUUGAAGUGUCUCUAAAGUGUUUCAGAGGUAGCCUAUUACAUCAAACAUCCUCAGGAGCUAUUAUUUUCCCCCUUGGCUAAAUUUAAACUGUGAAAAUGAAGUCAAAAUGACGGCCUCUCCAUGUUUGUAUGGUGGGCAUAGGACAGGGUGGCAGUGGUAAGAAAUAUGUUACAGAAGAACUAGCUCAGUUCUAGAUGACUCGAUGACUUCAGUCUUCUUGAAAGCAGAGCUUUGAACUUUUUAAAUUUUUUCAUCUUUUAACUUAUUCACUUGUCAUUACUACUCUCUCUCGCAUGAUGUAGGGAAAGAUUACUUUAUGCCCAUUUAACAAAAACUAGAGCCAAGACAUAUGUACUUGAAGAAUUUCCCAGAGGUCAUAUAGGGGGUUAGUGGAAAAACAAGGUGUGAAACCUGUGUCCUGAUUCUGGAACCCCAUGACUCCAUUCGCAAGACCAUAUUAUCAGGUGUCAUCCGGCUUCACCAAACAUACACCAAAACUAGGAGUUGAAGAUGGUUACCCUAUGUAGGAAUCAGUGGAAGUCCCACUCCUAUUCUCAGGCCUAUAGGUAGUAAUGCAUUCAUGGUUGAGAAAGUGCCCGAUCCCUUUUAAGAUGUCUUUCAAGCAUCAAGCUUACAAGAAGGGUAUUCCUACCCACAAAAUAGUGAUUACUUUCUUGGUUGAGCCCCACCAUACCUUAAAUACUUUGUGUAUGUGCUAUCUUUGUGCAUGUAACUCUUUAAAAAAAAUUUUUUAAGCUUAUUUAUUUUGAGACAGAUCAAGUGGGGGAGGGGCAGAGAGGGAGAGAAAAUCCCAAGCAGGCUCUGCACUGUCAGCACAGAGCCCAAUGUGGGGCUGGAACUCACAAACCGUGAGAUCAUGACCUGAGCCAAAACCAAGAGUUGGACGCUCACCCUACUGAGCCACCCAGGCACCCCACAUGUAACUCUUUCACAUGCCUCAGGUCCUGGUCUUGCUAUUCUUGGAUUCCUAGAUCCUAAUAGUCUGUUUCGUAGUAGGCACUCAGUGCUUGUGUGAUGAAAGAAAAGCGUGGCAUGAACUUUUUUCUUUAGAAGUGCAAAUUAAGGGCAAAGUGGGCAUGGAAAAUCCUUGCAAAAGUCAUUUACCCUCUCAAAGCCUCAGUUUCCUCAUCUGUAAAGUACGGAUGAUAAGAAAUAACCCUUCAGGGUUAUUGUAUGUAAAAUGCUUGGGAACGUGCCUGUCUCAUGGUAAAUUCUCAGUAGAGAGUAGCUCAAGAUGGCUCUCAGUGACUUUCACCUCCUCGUAUCCACAGUUCUUUUUCACACUGAAUAGGGCAAAUUAUGUGACCAAUAGGACAUCGGAGCAUUGACAGAGUGGCUUAUGAGACUAGGUCAUAAAAAUCAUUGAGGCUUCCACUUUGUUCUCUCUGGAUCAUCUGCUCUGGUGGAGAGGAAGACACCAUUAUCAUGAAGAUACUUCAAGCAGCCCUAUCGAGAAGCCCAUGUGGUGAAGAACUAGACUUCCUACCAACAGCCAGCAUCAAGUCACCAUUCAUACAAGUGUGCCAUCUUGUACUCUGAUCCUCCAGCCCCAGUCAGUCCUUCAGAUGAUGCAACGCUGUCCAACAUCUUGACUACAACCUCAAGAGAGACUUAGAGCCAGAAACCCCUGGUUAAGCAUGUCCUGGAUUCCUGACCCACAGAAAUUGUCUGAAAUAAAUUCUUAUUGUUGUGGGUUUUUAAAAUUUUUUUAAAUGUUUAUUUAUUUUUGAGAGAGAGAGAAA